CAGGAUGGCUCUUUGAAGCAAGAACGCCUCCAGGUCUUUCAACAUGCCCUGGGUGGCCGCUUUGGUUCGCGUGCGCGCUUUAUGGUGCUGAGCGGUGAAGAGGAGGCCAGAGCCGAAUGGGAGGCACUUCAGCAUGCGCUAGACUAUGCACCAGAUUUGGAUCGGGAUUUGUUCGAUGGUAUGCUUUCCGGUGGCGGCAUGUCUUGUCAGCUUGCUUGGCGGGGGCGUGUGACACCAGAACUCUUCAGCUUCCGCAAUGGGGUGCUGCAACCAGGAGGAUUAGCUGACAAGGCAAAUCGACAAAAGAUUGUCGGUGAGGACUUGGUGAAGGAACUUGCCUUGGUGAGGCUUGCUACAAAAGCGCUAGUAGCACAUAUUCCAAGCUUCAAGAAUGAACAGAGACAGGGAAACGUUGCAUUGGUUGAAUGGCUUGGACUCUAUGUGGCUGGAGAGCCAACUGAGAGAGACUUAGUCAUGGGGCUUGGCUACAACAAGUGGCUCACUCGUGACCAGAUUCUGGAAGCAGUGACUAGUCAUCUUGGCGAACUAGAUGCAGACUAUAUACAAAAAUGGGAGCCUAUAUCUCGACGAGCAGCAAUUUCCUGGGUGUAUGGCAUCAUUCUACAGACGCUCCUGGAAGAAUUAUUUGAUGCAAACACGAACUUCUACUGCUUCAAAGGCAUCAAUUGGAGUACUGGUCACUAUUUGAUGCACAAAGAGAAGAUUGCAACGCAGGAGCCCUUGCUCCAGUCGGCUUAACCCUGAUCUCUUUCAAUCAUAGUGUGCUGGCUUGGGACACUAGGGCACCUAAAAGGUGCAUCCUGUCAGUCCUUUGAGCCUGGAACAUAAGCUUGCUUACACUGUGAAGAUGUGCAGCUUGUGCUGAUACUUUGCAGUGAUUCCUUGAUGCUCCUUGCAUGAUUUCUGGGGCUUUUGAUAUUUCUUGCCUAUGACUACAAAGGGUUCGAAUUGCUCGCUCCAGAAUGCUUUGUCCCGCAGCAAACUCAAUUGUUGCUUGUAAUAAC